UAUACAUGUAAUAUUCUCUUGCUUUUCAGAAAACUACAGACAGUUGGAAAACUAGAAACACCUAAGCAACAUGGAAAAUAUAUCACUGGACAGUUAUUUUUGCAUAGAAUUUUUGGCUAUCGAGGCAUCCUACUUUUCCCAUGGCUUGCUAGACUGUAUGACAGAGAUAUAGCUGGAAACAAACAAGACAGCAGGCCUACAGAGAAGAUAGAUGGAAUGCCUUUAGAUACCAACAAAGAAGUGAAAGGAAAAACACAUGUCUACUAUCAAGUGCUAAUAGAUUCAAGAGAUUGCCCUUUCAUUAGGGCACAAACAGAAGCAGUCACCUUUCUUGGUAACCAAGAUAACAACAGAUCUCUAUAUGCAAUACCAGGUCUUGACUAUGUAGCCCAUGAAGAUGUCUUACCAUACUCCUCUUCUGGUGAAGCCAGUCCUAUCAGUCAUGAGCUCUUUGAUAAAUUCUUAGAAUUCAAUCCUGGCCAAGAUCCCCACUUCAGCCCUAAAGACACCCUGCGGGCGUGGCAGGAGAAGAACCAUCCCUGGUUAGAGUUAUCAGAUGUCCAUCGGGAGACUACUGAUGGCAUCAGAGUUACUGUUAUACCAUUCUACAUGGGUGCUAGGGUUUCACAGGAUUCAAGUGUGUAUUGGUGGAGGUACUGCAUAAGGCUUGAGAAUCUUGGAGAUGAAACGGUACAGCUGAGAGAAAGACAUUGGAGAAUCUUCAGUCUGUCAGGAACGUUAGAGACAGUGAGAGGAAGAGGAGUGGUGGGACAGGAACCCAUCUUAUCUAAGGAGCAACCAGCCUUCCAGUAUAGCAGUCAUGUAUCAUUACAAGCACCGAGUGGACACAUGUGGGGGACAUUCCGCAUGGAGAAGAGCGACGGUCAGACAUUUGACUGUAGAAUCCCACCUUUCACCUUAGAGAGCAAGCAAGAUGAUCACUCCAGUCCACAUAGCUUCUUCUGGUGAAGGACAUCUCAAGGACAGACAGUCUGACUCAAGGUCACUUUCACAUAUUUUGCCUACCAAUGCCUUGUCAGCUGAUCAGUCUAUGCUGCUGCUGCUGACAGACAGACUAGCCUCUUCUAGAGACUACUUUACUUACCCUUUUUUUCUCCUUCUGAACGUUGUGUGAAGAAACAUCCUAUAUAGAAAACAUUAUAAUUAAGUAAACAUUGUAUAGUGAAAUGCAAGUUUGAGCAUAGUUUCAAAUGAAUAUUGGAUAAAGAAUCAGGGUCCCAUUCUAUUUUGAACGUCGUAUCGUACAAAAAUCAUAUAAGUGGGCAGGGCUUAGCAUGAGCAUGUACUGAUGAUUGGCCUCUGCAAAACUUGUUACUGCAUACAAUGUUGUUAUCUAAUCUGUACAGCCCUGUCGCUAUACGAUCAUUCUUCUUACGAUGUUACUUUAUACAAGUUGCGUAUGAAUUGUUUAUUGUCUGAGGAGGCUAUAUAAGGGCAUGUCAAUGACGCGGUCCCCUAGUGCGACCCUCAUUCAUGUAUCUGCCUAUGAUCAAAAGUGUAGAAUAUGUACAACUGAAUCAAUUGUCUCUAAUUGAUAUAACAGUGUCAUUUAUACAUAUUGUAUCAAUAUGUUUCAAUUUUAAUUGGGGAGCACCAGGAGUGUCAAGUCUGAAAAACACAAAAGCUAUAUAAGAAACUGCUAUUAUUAUUACCGGUAGUAUUAAUAUUAAAUUCAGAGGUGGCAGGGGUUUGAUUUUUUCUACAAUUGUAACACUUUCAUUUUAGAAAAAAAGAGACACUGUACUUCAAUAAUACUUUAUGCAAAUGUUUUGUAUGUGUCUUCCAUUGAUAACAUGAAAUGUGACAGAACUAUUGAAACUAAUCUUGUUAAAACAAUAGAAAGGAUGGAGGUACAAGUCGGUCCUGGUUCUUCAGGGUGAAUUGCAAUGUGUUAAUUAUUAUUUUUUGGAUUAAAAGCAAAUGAAUGUUGACAGUCAUUUGUUUUUUGGUGGUCUGGAUAUAAUAAAAUUGGGUAUAAUAAAAGCAGAGAUAUGUUGAAUACUGUUAAACACAUGUUGGCUAGUAAUCGUGCAUAAUAAUGCAUGUGUCCUCAUGUCCAAUGAGUGGGCAGUAUUUGAUGGAAUAAGCUGAUAUAUGUAUAUGCUUCCACUGUAAGGGUUGAAGAGCUCUUUCUUUAAUAUUGACCAGUAAGGUUACUAACAUCUCUGAAUAGUUGAAAUACAUGUAUUUUCAAUGUUAUGGAAGUCUUAGAAAAGGAGGCAUUCAGGUUUGAGUUAUUUAGUUCAGUAUUUCUCUUUCUUGGCGUCCAUGAGGCUCUUCAAGUUCUACUAUUAUUUUCUACACACUGCUUUCUUGAUUUUGUCUUUGCUGAAUAAACUUUGCUGAUAGACAGUCUACCUUAACAAGGAAAAAAAAUCAUCAGAAGAAAUUAUAUAGUGCAUAAAUCUGUAGAAUGGUCUUUCAGUUUGUGCAUUUCUCAUUAUACUUAUAUUUUAAUAAUAACAUACAUUGCUUAAUAUUGAAAACCACAGUACCAGUAUGUGGUAACUGAGAAUUAUGUUUUGAUGUAGAUUUUCCCCAUUUUCUGAAGAUUAACAGCAUUACUGUGAAGACAAUUUCCAUUUAUAUACAUGGCCCCAUCCAGAAGAUGCUUUGUAAGAUUUCAUAAUAGAUGUAUUUAAUACUCUUAGUAUUUUUACUUAAAUAUUCAUAUUCAGAACUGAAUUAUCUACAUGUAUCUGUACAAUAAUAAAAAGCAUUUUAAAGCAAUAUGUCAUGACAUUAUUAGCUGAUUUUACUAUAGUUAGGAGUUACAAGUGACAUACUAUAAAAUAUGUAAUUUUCAUUACUAAGUCUUAUCUGAAUCUCACUUCAUGGCGAGCUAUCUACCGUUCAAAUUUUCCCAAAUAUGGAUAUGCA